AUGGGUCAUAAAGUGAAGGAACUUAGGGAGGGACUAGAUGAGAUUGCAGUUGAAAGGUCUAAAAUUCAUCUCACAGAGCUAGUUGACAACCGAUUAGUUGGUCGAAUAAAGAGAGAGAUGAUUGAUUCUCUGUUGCGUACAUCAAAUGUUAUUGGAAGGGAGAGUGAUAAGGAAAUACUAGUCAACAAGUUUCUCUUAGAUCCGAUUAUGGGUGGAGAUAUCUCUAUGAUUCCGAUCGUUGGAAUCGGAGGUCUUGGAAAGACAACACUUGCAAAGGUGCUAUACAACGAUGAGAGAGUAGAUAAACAUUUUGAUGUCAAGAUUUGGGUAUGCGUAUCUGAAAGUGUUGAGAAGGAACAGAUCAUAGUAAGCAUGCUCAAGUCCUUAGCUCUUCAAAAUCGCGGAAACUUGGAUCCCGACCAAUUACAAAAGGAUUUAUUGGAGGGAGGUGCUGCUGGAAGUAAAGACAUAGUCACUACUUGCUGGAUCUCGGUUGCAACGACUAUUGGUACUGUCUCCUCAUAUGACUUAAAGGGUCUUUCUCAUGAACAAUGUUUCUCUUUGUUUAUGAACUUGGCAUUUAGAAAAAGGGAAGAGGAUUUCCAUCCACAUCUCAAGACGAUAGGAUAUGACAUUGUGAAGAAAUGCGGAGGGCUUCCUUUAGCUGUGAAGACAUUGGGGACUCUUUUAUAUUUGAAAACCGAUUAUGAACGUUAUUGGGAAUUCGUAAGAGAUAAUGAGAUAUAG